AACAGCGACUUGCUUGCAUGGUCUGCCAUACUAUACGCCAACUAGCACUUGAUAGCAUGAAAAAUGCCAAGAAGAGACCCUGGAAGUGCCGUACUCAUUGGUCCAUCUGUGCAAGGUUGCAUGUGUCUUCAUGCAAGACCUCAUACGUGAGCUCGAGGCUAUCGUUUUGAUGCUACCAUCGUCUUUCCUGCAUUUCAGCAUAUCCAGAACUCUUCUGCAGGCAAAAUGCCACCUACCACCCGAAUCCCGUCCUUGGACAUCCCACACUCAAGCCACACCGUCCAAGUGUCCAUCAUAGACACCACCACUCGCGUCUCCGGGAUCCCAGCUGCGGCAUUCACAAAUCCUUCAAUCCCCGGCUACGAUGUAGUCAAAGAUGGAAUCUCGUACAGCUUCCUGAUCAAGCACAAAGGCUCCGCCGGGCAGAGCAAGCACGACACUCUCCUGUUCGACCUCGGCACGCGAAAAGACAUCUGGAACAGCCCGAAGACCGUUAUCGACCAAGCCGCCGCUUUCGGCUUCCAAAUGACCGUCGAGAAGAACGUCUUCGACAUUUUGCAGGAUUGCGGCAGUGAUCCGGCGGAAGUCGGAGCCAUCAUCUGGUCUCACUAUCACGUCGAUCACACUGGAGACCCUUCGACCUUUCCCGCGUCCACUGAUCUAAUUGUUGGACCGGGCUUUAAGAAGCGCCUCGUGCCCGCCUGGCCGACGAGAGAAGACAGCCAGGUUGAUGAGAAGGCAUGGGCGGGUCGGGAACUUCGAGAAAUCGAUUUCGAUGCGGAGGGGAAGGGUCUGAUGGUAGGCAAGUACAAAGCCAUGGACUUUUACGGCGACGGAAGUCUCUACCUCAUCGACUCGCCCGGUCAUGCUAUCGGGCACAUGUGUGCGCUCGCACGAACCUCUGCUGAGCCUCCGGAGUUCAUCCUCAUGGGCGGCGACGUGGCCCAUCACGGGUGCGAGUUCAGACCGACGGAAUAUCUUCCCCUACCGGACAAUAUCGUGCCGAAUCCGAUGACGCCGCCAUUCGCCCGCACUGCUGGAGCGCAUGCUGUAUGUCCUGGAGCAAUCUUUGCGGCCGUGCAUCCGAAGAAAAGUACAACCGAGCCGUUCGUACAAGCAACCGGAUUUAUUCAUGACGACGCUGCAGAGGCGUGUAAGAGCGUGGAGAAGCUGCUGCCGUUCGAUGCGCAAGAGAACAUCUUCUCCGUCAUCGCUCAUGACAAGAGUCUUUUGGAUGUGGUAGACUUUUAUCCCAGGCCUGCUAACGAAUGGAAGGCGAAGGGAUGGAAGGAAGAAAGCCGGUGGCGGUUCCUCAGGGACUUCGAUACCGGCAGUGAGGAGCAUAGACCGCAAUAGAUAGUGCGGCCCUUUCUGUAGCGGCGUUUGAUAGUCAGUUCGAGCACCAUGUGGCCAUGCUAAGAAUUGCCCAUAUCCCGACUCCUUGCAGAUGGGAAUGGCACCAUGAUUCAUGGCUUUCCUUGCUGGGCUGGCCGGUAUUGCCUUCCUCAGUCCGUAGUCGACCUUGGGUUUUUCCUCUCCAUCUUCGGCGGUCAGAUAGACGGUUGAGCCAUCAAAGUUUAUGU